AUGUAUCACAAAAGAACAUCAUCUAAUUUUCCCAGCCUUUUGCUUUCGAUUGAUAACUAUGUCCAGUUUCUUCUAGAACUCAAACCAGAUGAUCCUUACCCCCUAAAGAGCACCACUGUGUUGAGCCCUAAGUUUCAUCUUCCUUCAUCCCGCAUGAGAUUGAUUGGUUCAUGUAAUGGGUUUGUUUGUUCGUUGAAAGGUUGGAUGUAUGACUUAAAUCAUUCGGUUUACAUUAGCAAUCCUCUUUUGGGUGAGUAUCUCAAGGUUAAAUUGCCUAAACGGGAGAAAAGAACUUGUGUUGCUUAUGCAUUCUGCUUUAGUGAAGCCUCUAGACAGUAUAAAGUAUUAAGAUCAGCAGUUAGUAAUUUUGCCAGACAUUCAAAAGUACCAGAAUUGGAGGUUUAUACUCUUGGAGUUGAUGAAAAAUGGAGAUAUGUGGGUGAGGCUCCAGAACCUCUAUGUGUAUCAUUUAGUAAGGCUAACAUCAAUGGUGUUGUUCAUUGGAUGAAUUCGGGAAAAAAUGACAACAAUUACUCCUUUAACAGUUCGACAGAAGAGGUGAAGUCCUUGUUAGCUCCUUGGACAGAAGAGGUGAAGUCCCUGUUAGCUCCGCGUGGUCUGAAAACUCCAUCCUACAACUUGAUACCUGCCACAUAA